UAGAUGUAAAAACUUGUGUUUGAUUGAUUGUGUCUUUUUUUACAUUACCACGGGGUCUACAUUUAUACCCUUUCCAAAAAGAGUUACAACCAGACACAACUAGGAUUCUACUUCCAAACUAGACGAAGUCCGCAUACAAAACAGACUCUAACUAUCGAAAACAUUAAUUUAUUCAUCCUAGGCGGUCGGUGCACCGUCAUCCUUUUCUCUUCAUGUCCCACACCUCCUUCUACUAUCAUCGGCAAACUAACUUCCAUCCGCAUCGGCAACCAUUAAUAUCGGCCACCGGCACAGAUUAACAAUCAUCCCUGUACUUGGCCACAUCCAGCUGUUUCGUUAUCGGCAAUAUAACCCAUCGGCAACUCCUCUGAUAACCAGUCACCAUUCUUUUCGCCUGGCGAUCUGCAUCUCAUUAACUCCCAGAUACGUGUCCAGAGAUACGUGUCCAAAAACGGUGUCAACACAUGCCCUCUAAAUUCAGAGUAUAAAAUUAUUAAUGCUUCGAAAUUCUCCUCAGUAAUGAUGCCUUUCCGCAAUUACUCCUCUCUGACCACAAUUAAUUAUCAAAUCCAAACAACCUUAGUCUGGAUCCCUAGCAUGCACCCCGAAUCCUUCAACCUUUCAAGCCGAACCACCCAAACAUCCGUUCAUCAGCAAUUUUUUCUGUUAGAAUAGACUGCCGAUGAACCCACCAGGAGAUCUUGUACAGUAAAAUAUCUUCAAAAUCAUGACCGCUAGCUGUCAAAUCACCUGCACAAUCCGUUGACUACCGUGCGAGCAGUUACCAUAUCCACCUGAACACCCUCACGUUUUACGGAUACGGCAGAGAGAUAUGUCAGAAUUGCCCAUGCUCACUUUACCCUAUAAAUACUUCCUUCCUUGGUACUCUUCCUCCACCUUGUCAAUCUAGAUCUUCCAAACCCAUCUUUCCGGCGACGGCAUCGUUGGAGAACCCAAGAACUCCAGCAAGGAUAUUCCCCAACAGUUCUUCAAAUCUUCGAUCUUCCUCCUCUUUGAGAAGAAAUGGCCGUCAACUUCACCGUUCCUGAAGUCAAUUCUAUUCCACCUCCUUUUUCUUUUACCGUACUUUUAUCUUAUGCAAAUCUAUUUACUUAGCACUUUCUUUCUUUCUUUUCCCUUUUUUUGUUCUUCCAACCUUCAAACCUUUAGGAACUGGCCGAGAAAAUUGUUAUUCCCACCGAACAACCCCACUUUCAAUGUCUCGGGCCGUUGGGUAAUCCGGAUCCUAUCGAUCUGAUUAAUGCGGAAACAAAUAGGAUCCCCUUUAGAGCUGAGAAUUUCUCCUUAGAUCUAUGGAAAGACACCUUCUGAUCUUGGCCUAGUUCUACUAAGGGAUGGAAGGAUUGGUUCUUGAGAGUUAGCUAUUCAAAUGAAGUCCGAUGGGGUGAGCGUAAAUUAGACCAGUGUAUCAGGCUAUCCAUUGCCGAUAUGGAAAGAAAUGAAUCACUACUGAUAGCAGCCUCGUAUUUCUAGUCAGACACCCUCAAUGCUUUCUUGUUUGGUCAUGGCCCUGCUUCUCCUACCCUUGCCGAUGUACUUAUGCUCACUGGUCUAGAAAUAGCAACUGCCGAUGAUAGUCACCUGUUCGAUAGCAAGCCCGAAUGUAAAGUAGAAACUCGCAACAUCGGCGGUUGGUCAAGGUAUAUCCAGAAGUACCGGAAAACAGGACCAGUUGGGCAAAGGGAACACACCAUCUUUCUGAACAUGUGGCUAGAUAAAUUUGUCUUCUAUGGCCGAUCGGUAGGACCAACUUCUGAUUAUCUAUCGGCAGUAGUGAAACUAGCCAAUGGUGGUCGAUUCCCUCUUGGUCGAUACCUCCUAGGCUCUGUUUAUCACCUCCUUCAUCAAGUGGCUGAGAAACUUCUGUUAGGUCAACCCAUCGGCAAUCUAGGAGGUUUUUGGUGGUUCAUCAACAUGUGGCUCAAUGUUCACAUGCAUAAACGCCUUCGAUUCGAUCUCUUUGCACAACGGUUUCCUAGAGACAUUGCCAAAGAUUAUGAACUGGCUGAUGAAGAAUCGGCAACUCGCCCACCCCUAAAUUAUGAUGAGGCUGCUAUAGUCCUACCCGGCACUGGUGGUAAUGAAGACCAAGUUAGCCGAUUCUUCCAGACUUUGUAUGACGGUCUUCCCAAAGAUCAAUGGGCAUGGAUGCCUUAUGAAGAUCCACAAACUAGAUUCCCGCUGACCUUCCACCCUUUUGACGAUGCCCUCAACAAAGAUACCGACUUGAUGAUGGCAAUCAUCACUCAAAGGGCCAUCCCAGUGAAUACUUUCGGCAGUGGGAAGAACACUAACCCCACUUAUGAAUUUUACAACCCAUCGACACUAGCUCGUCAACUGGCUUUUGGCCAACUGCCGAUCAGACUCUGUUACGCCGAUGUGGUGAAGCCAAGGGAGACUAUAACCAGUGGACUUGAGUGGAUAAGGGUAGCCAUGCUUCAGCCAAAUGCCGAUACGACAAAUAUCGAUUUAUCGACUUGGAUCCCAGCCCUCUUCAUCACUCAGAUGUACAAACAGUGGUGGGAAGAAUGGAAGGAACACUUGUUCAGUACAUUGGCUCUGACAUACCGUGGCAUGAUCGAUCCCAACUAUAAGGUUCCCAAUAACACUGUCGACAACCCAGCACCGACAGUUAGCAGGAGCGGAAGACCGAUCGAACUCCUUCCAUCAGGUCCAAUCUCCUUGAUCGGUCACAACGCACCAAGUCUAGCAGCUUUGAUGCAUCGGAACGUGCGUUUUAAGAAGACAACCACCAAGCGGUCAAAGACAUCCCCAUCAAUUGGUGCUACCACUCUAGCGCAGGCUUUCAAGGUAGACCCUUAAUUUCCUUUGCUUUUACCGAUUCUAUCCCAUACUGACAUAAUCUUUUCAG